AUGAGGACCUCCCUCGGGCGCGCAGCCGUGUGCUGCUCUGCUCUCCUCCGGCUGGCCGACGCCAAAGCCCUCAAGUGGAGCGCCGACGAGAACGAGCCGCGAUGGGUGCCCGCGGCCGAGACCCAGCUCGGCUUCCUGCCCUCGCUGGGCAUGAACAACUUCGCAGCCGGGCCACAGCCGACCUCGCCGCCAGAGCCGAGGACUGUGGCCCACGCGUUGGUGGCGCGUGAUUCCACCGACAACACCUGCGGCUAUGUCAGCGGGAGUUUCACGUCCUCACUCUGGUGCGCGUCCACGGCGCGGUGUGUGUACAACUCGAUCAACUCGCACAUUGGAUGCUGCGACGACGGCGAGACCAAGUGCCCGAUUUGGACCACGUGCUACGACUCGACGGAGCGGAGUAGCUUCUCGACCAAUAACGGGUACACGAUGUGGUGCGGUUCCUCGGACUACCCCCAUUGCAUGACCCAUGUCUACCAAGAAUCCUGGGCCGGAUACACCCUCUUCGGAUGCGGCGUCGCUGCCGCUACCGACAAGAUCUGGUAUCAAGCCCUAGACAAGCCGUCGUCGACUAGCUCUUCCUCCACUACCAGCGCAGAAUCGACAUCCACCACCAGCACGUCCACGUCCACCUCUGCUACCGAAACCUCUUCUUCCACACCAAGCCCCACGCCAGGCCCCGCUCCGAACGGCGGCUCCUCGACCCCCGUCGGGCCCAUCGUCGGUGGUGUUGUAGGCGGAGUCGCCGUUCUCGCCCUCAUCGGCGCCGGCAUCUGGGCCAUCAGGCGGCACUCCAAGAAGAGCAAGCAAGUCAACCCCGACCCAGCCGCCGCCGCAGCCGCAGCCGGGAAUAUCCCCCCGAACGGACCCAACGGACCCAACGGCCCCGCCAGCCCAGUCAGCCCCUACGACAACAACGGCAUGUCCCAACCCCCCUACUACACCGGCGGCGCGGCCGCUUUCGACCCACGCGCCAGCCUCGCCAAACCUCCCGUCGGCCAAACUCCUCCAGGCGGCAGCUACGACCCCAUGACGGGCGCGUACAUCCCCCCCAGCGUCAACGGCGACCACAGCACCCUCGCCGGCAGCCCCGCACCGGGAUCUCCCCCGCUGCACACGGGGUACCAGGGCACGCCGUCGCCUCCUCCUCCGGGGCAAGGGGGGUACCCGCAGUAUGGUCAGCAGCAGCAGCAGCAGCAGCAGGGUGGGUUUGGGUAUGCACAGCACCCUGGGCAGCAGCAUGCGCCGGCGCCGGGACAGCAGGGGUAUACGGCGGAGUUGCCGGCGGAGAGGGGGGAUGGUGAGGUGAGGGAGUUGCAGGGGUAG